AGAAGAGCCUCAUUGCUUAUCCUAUCCUCUCUUCAUGGCGACCCACCACAACCUCCCUCUCCAAGAGAGAAUCUCCCUAAAGAACACUUUCCAAAGAGUCUCAAGCCUUCUCAUCCUCGCCCUCCUCCUCUCCCUCCUCCUCUAUCGCCUCACCUCACUCCAUAGCCAUGGCUCCAUUUGGCUCAUCGCCUUCCUCUGCGAGUCUUGGUUCACCUUCAUCUGGGUCCUCUUCAUGAAUGCCAAAUGGAACCCGGUCAAGUACAAAACCUACCCCGAACGCCUCCUGAAGAGAUCCGAUGAUCUCCCAGCUGUGGACAUGUUCGUCACCACGGCGGACCCCAAGCUCGAGCCUCCGAUCAUCACGGCGAACACCGUGCUCUCUUUGCUGGCUGUGGAAUACCCAGCUCACAAGCUCGCUUGCUAUGUUUCGGACGAUGGAGGCUCGCCCAUCACCUUCUAUUCUCUCGUGGAAGCUUCAAAAUUUGCGAAGCUAUGGGUUCCUUUCUGCAAGAAGUACAACGUUAGAGUGAGAGCUCCCUUUGUGUACUUCUCUUCUGAGCCGCAAGCUUCACAAACUCUCUCACAAGAAUUCACGGACACUUGGAGAUACAUGAAGAAUAAGUAUGAGGAGUUAAGUCGAAAAAUUGAUGAUGCUGCUAAAGAUUACAUUUCGCAUCACAUGAAUGAUGAGCUUGCUGAUUUCUCAAAUAUUGAACGAGGAAACCAUCCAAGCCUAAUUAAGGUUAUAUGGGAGAACAAGGAGGGCUUAGAAGGUGGCAUCCCCCAUCUAGUAUAUGUGGCUAGAGAGAAGAGGCCAAAACAUCCACAUCAUUACAAAGCUGGAGCUAUGAACGUUCUGGCAAGGGUCUCAGGAGUGAUGACAAAUGCUCCAUUCAUGCUCAAUGUGGACUGUGACAUGUUUGCUAAUAAUCCUGAGGUCAUUCUUCAUGGCAUGUGCCUGCUACUCGGGUUUGACAACGAGGUGUCAAGUGGAUUUGUUCAAGCACCACAGCAGUUCUAUGGGGCUCUCAAGGAUGAUCCCUUUGGGAAUCAAUUAGUGGUCUUGCAAGAGCUUAUUGGGGGAGGAAUUGGAGGACUUCAAGGUCCAUUUUAUGGAGGGACUGGAUGCUUUCACCGAAGAAAAAUUAUAUGUUCUCCACCUAGGCCUGCUGGAGUUAGCAAACAUGAUGAGUUAUCUUACAAAGAACUACAAAGGAUUUAUGGGGAUUCCAGAGAAUUAAUAGAGUCAGCUUCUCAAAUAACUUCAGGAAAAAUUAGAGAAAGUUCAUGCGUCGACGAUCUUUCAAGCAGCGUAGAAGCUGCUAAAAGAGUUGCCUCCUGUACCUACGAGUUCAAUACAUGUUGGGGAAACAAGAUUGGAUGGGCCUAUGGCUCGAUGACAGAAGACGUCCUUACCGGGCUUAGAAUUCAUUCGAUGGGUUGGAAAUCAGUGUACCUGAUACUAGAUCCACCUGCAUUCCUCGGAAGUGCCCCGACCGGAGGUCCGGCGAGCUUGACUCAAUACAAGAGGUGGUCCACAGGCCUUCUUGAGAUCUUAUUGUCUAGGAGGAGCCCCAUACUUGCCACCUUCGCCAAGCGGCUCGAGUUUCGGAUGAACUUGGCCUAUUUGCUUAUAACUGUUUGGGCCUUACGCUCCAUCGGAGAGCUCUGCUAUGCUUUGCUCCCUGCUUACUGUCUCAUUACCAAUACCUCCUUCAUGCCCAAGGCCUCAGAACCUGUUUUCGUGAUUCCUUUGGCUCUCUUCCUCAUCUGCAACAUGCACUCGUUAAUGGAGUACGUCCAAUGCGGACUCUCAGUCCGCGCUUAUUGGAACAACCAGAGGAUGAAUAGGAUCUUCGCAAUGACUGCAUGGCUCUUAGGUUUGCUUGCCGUCCUCCUCAAGACCCUUGGCCUCUCCGAGACAGUAUUCGAAGUCACCCGAAAGGACCAACAAUCCGAUACCAAUGAUACGGACAAAGACCCCGGGAGGUUUACCUUCGACAACUCGCCAUUGUUUGUCUCUGGCACUGCAGUGCUGCUCGCGAACCUGGCGGCGCUCGCCGUCGGCCUGCUACGGCUUCGCCGGCCGGUCGUUGGACCGGGGCUUGGAGAGUUUGUUUGCAGUGUUUGGGUGGUGCUCAGCUUCUGGCCAUUCGCGAGGGGUCUUGUAGGGAGGGGGAGUUAUGGAAUCCCUUGGCCUGUCAUUUGGAAAGCUGCUGUCUUGGCGUCUCUCUUCGUGCAGUUUUGUGCAUUGGAAUGGGUGCAUUAGUCUAAAGUGGCGGUUUGGGCUUCAACUUUCAACUUCAGAAAUAACAAAAAAAAAGAGGAUAUUAGAGCUCAGGUUUGCUGCAUUAAUUAGGUUUGAAAAUGGUUGGUUAAUAAUGUAAUGUCAAGUUAUUUUUGUUCCAGAAUGGUUGGACCUACUGAAUCUCUCAUGCCCCACCUAAGUGAACUAAUGCAGCAGCAAAAUACAUGCCAAGUUAUAACAUGUUGCACAAGUAGAGUAGAUCGAUGAUGCAAUGUAUAUUUUAGAUUGCAAGUA